CUGCGACCAACGCGGUCAUGCCCUGCCUAUACAGGCUUUCGAGACUUAUUGCGAGCGUCCGCACAUGAAGUCCAAAACAGCCGAAGUCGUCGUACAAAAUCAUGAAAAAGUCUGCUCCCUUGCGUUCCGGCGUCCACCCGACGUUUACCGAGUCGAGCCGAAUAGUUGUGUUCGUUAAACAAGUGUGCGCAGCACAGCAGGUAGCAGGAGGAAACGUUUCUAGGUUUUUUGUUGCCUUGUUCUUGCCUUUAGAUCCUGAUGAGUGAAGCACGCACACCUUACGGGUACGUUCGUGGUAUAAGCCUAUCCCUUUUACGCUAAUGGUGAAGAUAUAAUCGGCUCUGCAUUCGGGCAUGGGCAGACCCGUGGGCGUCGUCUGUACGCGGACAUUCAGCACCAAGCAGCCAAAUAGUCAAUCCUUGCUACGGUGGAGACGGGGGUCCAUAUGAGGCUUGCUACAAUUUUAUCAGUUUUAAGUAAUAAAAGUUGAAUGAAAAUGGCAUUACUAGUAUUUUUUGAAGUGUGUUGACAGAUUGACAGUUCACGCAUGGCACGGUUUGACAGCUGACGUUUGACACUUUGGACAAAGAGAUCCGAAUGCGAAAUAAACAAAACAGUAAACAGAAAAAAAAGUGAAGACUUACAACUUGAAGAAUCUUCACGUACACGUAGUCUCCGAGAUUCGUUGUACCGGAUAUGCGAAUAUUUUGCUACACUCGGUGGUCUUAAUUUCUACAGUUCUUUCCACAAAUUGUACUGAUUUGAUGCAUGAACAGUUAAGAGCAGCACAACAAAACAUCAUUUGAAAACGAAAAGAUAAGCUCUUCAUUCAGAACCAUACCUAACCAUUGAUGCAGGAAAUAAAAUAACCCAUUGCGAGCAAAACGACAAGAAAAUUAACUACAUUAUUGCGUGGAUGACGUAUCUCGGAGACAUACAUAAAUAACAAUACCUAAUAGGCAUUUAAAAAUAUGUUCUUGAACCCCAAGGUUCCAAUGAAAAGUCUAAAAACGUACUUCAGAAAACAGUUCCAUUACAUUCAGCCAUCAAACCGCUAAUUUUAGUGUUAACAGACAAUCUUGCAAGCGUCUUCAGACCGUCUUGAAGGUUUUUCAACUAUAGCAUCUUCAAAAGACAUGUUCAAACUGUGUGAGCAUACUCAUAAUAAAGCAUUCUUUAGGCGUGUUUAGACAAGUCUAAAAGCCGUAGGAAAUAGUUCUCGGAAGUUGUUGACACACGAGACUUCCGUCCAUCGGUCUACUUGCCGUUUCGUGAUGUUCGUGCUUUAAUUGAAUGCUCGCUCGAUGGCGAUGUUAUUUUUUAUAUCUGUCAAAUAAGCUUCGUUCGCUCGAACCACUAUCGCCUGCCGGGACUGUGUUCCCCAUGUCCGAAUUCUUCUACACACAUUGCACAACGUUUCGCUGAGCGGGCCGCUUUUCCUUUCGCUUCAGCGUUGGUCUGUGUAGGGCGAGGUUGCUUUUUUAAAACACAAAGACCAAUUCGUAUCACUGCGAAGCUCUCUUCGGUCGAGCGAGGGGUUGAAGCGCAUCUUGUGCACUACGCGUGUUCUCGCACCUCUCCCUUCGCCCGCCUCAUCGUGUGUAUCACCACCAUCCGUCGAAGGGCGGCAAUCACGCGCGCGGGUAGGCUCUGAUUGGCCGUCCGCCGCUGCUGCUGCGUCACACAAAUGUGCAACCAAAAUAAAAUCCACCCGUUUUCUCGUCCAACCGCGCUUGCAUCUCGCACACAAAACGGGGUGCAACAGGAAGGACGCAUCGGAUCGCGAAGCUUUUGCAGUGGGGAAGUGAUACACCCACGGUCGGUGCCGGCAAACUCGGCAGAUCGAUCAGUCGGUGGACGGUAAUCAAACGGUUAGGUUUUACUCCACAUUCGCUCGUGCCGCGAACGACGCGCCGACACGCACACACGACACACCGGUCUCAUUAUUGAUAUAUUGUAAAAACACGACAGCGAGAGGAAGAAGAAGCGUGCGUAAAGGUCCAGGUGGUUGCAUUUUUUUGUUGUUGUCGUGCGUAACCUCCCGAAUCAGCAGGUGCACUUGUGUGGUGAUGAUGGUGGUCGUGUUUCUGUAGUGAGCAGUGGGUGCUGUUAUCCUUUCGGAGUUUCUUAUGUUUAUCCCACAUCUAUUCUAAUUGCAGUGUAUUUGUGUAUGUGUAUGUGUGUGGGCAAUUAAUAAGUAAAUUUGUAUGUAUUUGCCAUGAAAAGAAAGUUACAUUUGCAUGGUAAAGUGAUUCGCAAAGUGUGAAUGUGCGCGCAGCAAUAGUGCGUCGUUGUAAUGUGCGGGAGAAAACACGUUGGGUUAGUGUUGUAUUUCGUUGUGUUUUAGAGCCUUUUGGUGACUUGGUCACUUUGAUGAACUACUGGUCAUUGAAGUGUGUGUCACGACGUUUUCGAUUUUAAACAAGUAGUCAGUGAUUAAUGGUAACCAAAAAUGGGAGAAAAAUAAUGAUGUUCGUAUGACAACAAUGCGUGAUUCUUGUAUGAGAGGGAAAUGAAAGUAUACAUUAGAUAACAAGGAAAACGGAAAUCAAAAGAUAAAGAGCGUUGAUACAUACCUUGAAGCGGGAUUGUGCAUCAUCGCGCUCCUAAGUAAAGUGCGUCAGAACGAUAAACAAAAACUAAGAAUUCUACGGCAGCAGCGUAAGCUGUCACCGACAUGGGCAGUGAUCAUUACUGCUUGAGGUGGAACAAUCAUCAAUCCAACCUUCUCGGGGUGUUCAGCCAAUUGCUCCAGGACGAGAGUCUGGUGGACGUCACACUCGCUUGCUCAGAGGGCGCCUCCAUCCGAGCCCACAAGGUUGUACUCUCGGCCUGCUCCUCCUACUUCCAGACGCUGUUUCUCGACCAUCCGGCCCGGCACCCGAUCGUCAUACUGAAGGACGUUCGCUUUGCCGAGCUGCGCACGCUGAUCGAAUUCAUGUACAAGGGCGAGGUAAAUGUCGAAUACUGUCAGCUUUCGGCACUGCUAAAGACGGCAAAAUCGCUCAAGGUCAAAGGACUGACGGAGAUGACAAAUCAGAGCAGCCCGCUGACGGAACCGAAGCUAGAGCCGGAGCGACUCCGACCCCACAGCAGCCAUGGUGCGGGCGGUGGCGUCGGCGCGACCGGCGGCAGCAACAGUGGCAGCGGGAGCGGCGGCACCACCCUGGCCGCCUCGGAAGCGAUCCUGCCGACCAACCUCUCCACGACGCUCCCGACGGCAACGCUCGCGGGCGGCGGUGGCGGCCCGUAUCUCACCUCAACGACCACCACCGCCACGCCGGGCGCUGCGUCGACGACGGUCAGCACCACCGCCACGACUGCUACGACCACCGGCAGCAGUAGCAGCACCACCACUACUACUACUACUUCGAGCGAACCGGACGGUGCCGACAGACCGGCAGCGGCGGAGCAGCAGCAGCAACAUCACCAGCAACACUCGCAACAGCAUCACUACACGACGCAACAGCAACGUUUGAGUUCCUCCGGCAUUGGCAGUGCCAGCGUCACCUCGGCAAGCUCCCUCAGCAGCAGCAGCAGCAGCAGCAGCAGUGGCACGGCCACCGCCGGCAACGUCACCGAUCUGUCCACCACGCACGGGAAGGACGCGGCAAUGGUGUGCGAAGCGGACGCGUCGACAGCCGCCGCCCCGAGCGCCACCACGACCACUACGCCCCUCUCGCUGCUCACCCGGAAGCAUCGCGACGCGCCGAUCGACAUCGCAACCGCCACCACAGCCUUAUCCUCAGCGAGUGCCGCCGCCGUAACGUCGUCGGCCGCACAGCUGCACGGUGGUGGCGGUGGUGCCGUCGGCAGCAAGGGCUCGAGUUCCUCCUUCACCUCGGUCGCUGCACUUAGCAGCAGUAGUACCAGCAGCAGCAGCACCACCACCACCGUCAUCCAGCGGCCGGCGUCGGGCGAUGGCAUUCUCUCUUCCCAGCUGGCCGCGUCGGCAGUCAGCAGCGACGGCAGACGUAGCGCCACACCCCUGCACGACGAGCCGCCCAGCCGGGAGGAGGAAGAGCCCGAGGAGAUGGAGCAGGAGGUAAACUAUCGCCAUCCGCAGGAUGCGCGGACUACACCGACAAUCGGCGCCGCGCUAGACGACGAACGUGACACUACUACAACCGCCACCGCCACCACCACCACCACCACCACCACGGUCAGCGAUAAGGCAGACGCGCACCAAAGUGCUCACCAGGAGCGGGGAGCAAGGAUAGGGACGGCGUCGCCCCCGGCCGGCAGCGGGGGCGAUACGGACGAGUGCGCCGCAAGCGACGAACCCGCCGCCGCAGGCGACCCAGUAACCGCGUGCUGCUCCACCUCGAUCGCGGAGCGGCAGCCAUCGCCCGCACCGGCCGCCCUGAUCCCCGACAGCAGCCUAUCGCGCAGCAGCCCGCUCGGCGAGCUGGUGGACGAGGUGCGGCGGCCGGCAAGCAGUGCCGCUGCUGCGGCCGCCGCCGCCGCCGCUGCCGCCCUGAUGGCAACCGAUCUGCGCACGGACACAGACCAUCAUCACGCGAUGCUGCUGCGGGACGUGACGAUGGGAACCGCCGACUACGACGAUGAGGAGGAAGAGGAGGAGGAGGACGAGGACGAGGGGGAGGACGUGGACGAUGGGGCAGCGGAGAUGCUGCUGGCAGCGGCCGCCGUCGCACAGGUUGCUCGGGAGGCACGCGAUGAAGGGACGGACGCCAUCGUGAUCGGCACCAGCGAGGAGAGUGCGGAGCAGCGGCGUCGACGCGGACGCCGCCCGCUGACGGCAAGCGACGAACCGGAGGAGGAAGCGAACGAGGAGCAGCAACACCGCCAUCGGUCCAGACGCACCGGACCGGACGACGAGACGACGCUGGGCCCGGAGGAGGUGGAGGACGACGAUGACGAUGACGACGAUGACGACGAUGACGAGGACGACGAGGGCGGCGGCCCGCACGAUCUGCACAUUGGCAGUGCGGGCAGCACGGGCAGCGGCGGCAGCGGCGGCGGUGGUGGUACACUGCUCGGCCGGCACCACCACCACCACCACCAUCACCAGCAUCUGCUGCAGCUGUCCGCCCACCAUCACCACCACCAUCAUUCGCACCAGCAGCUCCAGCAGCAGCUGCACCAGCACCAUCAGCAGCAGCUGGCGGCCGCGGAGCUGCUGCGGACGGCCGAGCAGCAGCAGCGGGUGCGCCAGCAGCAGCAGCACCAGUCCCGUCGCCGCCGCUCGUCCGAGGACGGUCCGGCCCGGCCAAGUGGCACCACCACAAACAACAACAAUAACAGCAGCAGCGCCACCUACAACAACAACUCCGACGACGAGUAUCAGCCACCGAUGAAGAUCAAAAACGAAGUCGACUUUUCAGCGUUCGCCGGUCUGAACAUGACGAUCAAUGCGGCGGCAAGCGCCAACGCCAACCUGUCCGCCGCACUGAACGCGGCGUCGGCCGGUCCGGGCCCGAUCCUGCUCGCAACCGAUCUGCGGCCGGCAUCGCGCGGCGGCAGCACCACCACCACAACCACCUCGGCCGAGGCCGCCGCCCAGAGCGGGAACAACGGCAGCAAGAACGGCGAGCAGCAGCAGCAGCGCGAGCGUGGUUCGCCCCAGCACCAGCAUCUGCAGCACCAUCACCAUCAGCGGGCGGCGGCGGCCACCGCAGCCGCGCUGGCCGUCUUUAACGCGAGCGGCCUCUCCAGCCCCCUGGCCGAACCGAUCGCGGGACCGUCCGGCAUCAUGGGCCCGGUCCAGCAAGUGCCUCUGUCGCUAAAGAAGGAGAUCGACUGGGGCGACGACAAGUCUUCGGGCGAAAGCUCACUAGACUUCCGUCACGCGCACGACUCGGAAGCGUCGGAAGGGCUGCAUGGAAGCGUUGGUGGUGGUGUUGGUGGUGUUGGUGUCGGCGGCAGUGGCACGACCGGCGGUGUGAGUGCUAGUGGCCACGGCAGUGCGAACAGUGCAGGCAGCGGCGGCAGUGGCAGCAACAGUGGCGGCAUCCUCGGGCUCUGUACCACCGCGCACCACGGGAGCGGUGACGCCCACAGUGGACGCAGGUCGGCGGGAGGCAGUGUGGGCAGUGGUGGCGGCGGCGGCACCAGUGGGAGGGAAAGCUCCGGUCCGGCCACUGCGACGGCGGGCGGCAGUGGGUCGGCGGCCCCGGCAGCCUCGGGAAGAAGUAGUAGUGGUGGUGUUGGUGGUGGUGGUGGAAGUGGCGGUGGCGGUGGCGGCGGUUUGCUAGCCGACCAUCCCUCCCAUCCGCACCACCAUCAUCAUCACCAUGCGCACCCACACCAGUCGGCGGGAGGGGGCGGCGGCGGCGGCGGAGCGACGGGGGGCAGUGCUGGGGCGGCGGCGGCCGUGGCGGUGGCGGCAGCCGUCGCCGGCCUCCCAGUGCACACCUGCAUGUACUGUGGCGUGACGUUUCACAACCAGAACAAGCUGACCCGCCACAUCCUCUCCCACUCGCUCGAGUCGCUCAAGUUCCGGGAGGCGACGCACCUGCUCCAUCCGCACCUCGCCCUGCGGCACGAGCUGACGCAGGUGGCGCUCGCCGCCCAGCAGGCCCAGUCGACGUCGCCGUCCCAGCUGCCGUCGCCCCACUACGGCCACCAUCGGGGCAGCGGGGUGGGGGGCGGGCCGACGCUCGAGCAGAUGCUCGAUCCGGCGGAAGCGAUGGCCGAGCUGGAGCUGGCGGCCGUGCUCGCGUCCCAGUCGGGCGGCCUCGGCCUCGGCCCGGUGGGCGGCGUCAAUCCGCUCGCGGGCGGCGGGGGCGGCGGCGGCGGUGGUGCCGGCGGGCUCGGCCCCGACCAGGGCGGCAACAGCGUGGUGCUGUGCAAGUUCUGCGGCAAGAGCUUCCCGGACGUGACGUCGCUGAUCACGCACCUGCCGGUGCACACGGGCGACCGGCCGUUCAAGUGCGAGUUCUGCGGCAAGGCGUUCAAGCUGCGGCACCACAUGAAGGACCACUGCCGAGUGCACACAGGCGAGCGGCCGUUUCGGUGCGGCAUGUGCGGCAAGACGUUCUCGCGCUCGACCAUACUGAAGGCGCACGAGAAGACGCACUAUCCAAAGUACGCGCGAAAGUUCCUGGCGUCCCCACCGCCGAUCGACGGGAAGGACGAUUCGCCCCAAUAGUGCGACGAUUUGCAUCUGCUGAACUUUCUCCUCCUGUACAACCUGCAGCAGCAGCAGCAGCAGCAGCAGCAGCAGCAGCAAUUGCAGCUGCAACAACAGCAACAAGCGCUGUUUCAACAACACUCGCGUCAGCAGCAGCAGGCACAGCGUAAUCAGCAACUGAGUGAUCACAGCACUCACUACCAGCAACAGACCCAUCCCCAUCGGCAGCAGCAGCAGCAGCAGCAGCAGUUGCUGAUGCACCAACACAGCAGUGACGCAUAUCCGCUGCUGCUGCAAGAGAUGAUGCAUCGGCAUCAGCAGCAGCAGCAACAGCAGCUCGAGCAGCAUCAGCAACUGCAGCAACAGCUGCAGCAGCAGCACCACCACCAGCAACCGCAACAGCAGCAUCAUCAGUUACUACCGGCAGCAACCUCAGAGGACCAACAGCAAGGGCGGGCGAAGAAGAAACCGCUACCGCCGGGCAUCGGAAACCUAUUCGGCUUCACGUAGAGGCGGCCCGGGUGUGCGCCUGCCCGUUUUGAAGAGUUGACAGAGCAGAAGAAAAAACAACAACAACAAUAUAACAAAACCCUCCCAAGAAGCCCCCAGCAACAAACAACAAACAGCAGCAGCAACAGUAAACAACCACAAAGAAAAACAUACCUUCGCUUUACCUCGACAUAUAGUAAUGGCAAAAUAGCAACAAAACAAAACAUUAAACAAACUCAAAGCGCAAAAAAAAGGAAAACACAGAACCACACAAUCUCUCUCCCUUCCCGCGGGGAAGCAACGAAAAACAAAACAAAACAAAACAAACUGCAGGAUUAUAUUUGCAAACAACAAGUAAAACAAAACAAAAACCACACGGCUGUGACAGGACGAGAAAGAGCAGCAGACGCAAACGGGAACUCAGCGGAAUUAAUCUAAUUAUGUGUACAUUGUGUGUAUAGUCAAAAAUGCAAAACCGUGAGAGCGAGCGAGCGAGCGAGCGAGAGAGAGAGAGAGAGAGAGAGAGAGAGAGAGAGAGAGAGAGAUGAGCACACGCGAAGUUGAAGGGAUCAACUUCUGCUCGCUCCUUCUUCUCAUCCUCCUCCUCAUCCAAUGAAAACGAACGCGCGGUGGGCGCCGGAUGUGUACGCAGAGCCUCCCCCAACCCGCCCGUUCCGGGGGAAGCGACCACACUCUUAUCGACGAAGCUUACAGAAGCUAUAGUAAUCAAGUACCGUAGCAAGUAGGGAGAUAUAUAGAUUUAUAUACAUAUUAUAUAUAUUAUAUAUAUUCCAAACCAGCAACCACAAAACUCAGCAGCACCCCCCACUAGGAGGUGGUGGUGGUGGUGGUGGAGGGAGGAAAGACGCACCUUCUCCGUGCGGAUUGAUCGACGUGUGUUGCAAAUGCGUGUUUGUGGGCGGCGAAUUGGAUCCGCGCACCACACACUACGCUUGCACACGAUCGCAAUGGGCGGUGGGAUGGACACACCCAUCUCAUCUUCGACACUACAUACACCUCUCCACCUCCUCCCCCCGCGCGCCCCCCUCUCAUUAGUGGACGACGCUGUGAAACAAUUAUCGUUUUAAACCCCUUUUAAUUUAGUUCCCGCGCACGCACGUCGCGAAUUUUAGUUUCUAUCUAGUGAUAAACAAGCGAAUGUGGAAAUAGCGAGAGCGAAAGUGUGUGUGUGUGUGUGUGUGUGAGAGAGAGAAAACGAGAAAGAGAAAGCGAGAAAAAAAGAGCGAAAUUUGUGGUGCGCGCCUGCAUCUAGCGUGCUUUUUUAAACAGGAAAAAAAACAAAAGACAUCGUCGCAACAGCAGGUCGUGGCAGCAGACGGGAAACCCUUUUUUAUAUUUUCUCCCUAAAAGUUGGGGAAGAUUUUUAUUAUUUUUUUUUUGAAGUCCACGAACCUGUAAGUGUGUGUGUGUGUGUGUGAGAGAGAGAGACGAUGCUGUAGGGAGAACAUGUGCCAGCACAUGUGUUGGGGGUGAUUUUUUUUGUUUCAACUCUCUUUCUCUCUCUCUGUGUCUGUGUUCUCUUUGUGUUGCACAGGAAGGGAAAUUAAACCUACACACAUAUAUAUAUACACCAACACUCACGAGAGCACCACACACACACACAUAUAUAUCAAUACCCAGAAAGGAGGAGGAAACAGAAAAUGGCGAACAAAUGGGAGCAAAACGCGCAUUUUUUUUUUGUUGCUUGACAAUAGUUCACAGUAACCUGUAUAUCCAACGGAACGGAUGAGGUUGACAGAAAGAGAGAAAGAGAGAGAGAGAAUGUUAAAAAAACGCUGAAUGGGGAAGUGAAAAUGUCUUUUCUCUUCUUUUUUGGCGUUACGAGCUACGCGAUCACGACGCUGGCCUCCUAUACGGCCUUGCAAACAGGGCCAGCAUCCUCUGCUUCCCUAACCCCCCUCCCCACCCCCCACCAUUCACAUCAGCUUCUUUUGUGAAAAUAAUCGAGACAAAAGAAAUCUGUGAUCUUAUUGAAUAUUAAUUUUUCGACAUUAAUGGGAUUGUUUUUAGUAUUUUUUUCCCCCUCAACUCUCUUGUUUUAUUUUUGUGUCUUCAAUAGUGGAGCCGUGGUUCAGAGCGACACUCACACACUCACACUUGACGCCAACUGUUUCAGUUUGUUCGUUUGCUUUUGCUCGCUCUCCUUCGCCCUCUAACACGUUUCCUUUGAAAUGGGUUGGAUUUAUUUAUUUUACCUUUUCUUUCGUUUUGCGUACCGCGCCAUUAUUUAUUAGGAAUCCAUCGAUUCAUUUUCCACCCUCCCCCUUUCUCGAUGGUUGAAUGUGGUACGACAUACUCGCGGAAGAAAAACAAAAAACACGCUGUCUCACUUUCUAAAGGAAAAAAGAUGGAGGAGAUAAUGCAAAAUUAGGCAGAAAAAAAACUAUUUAACAUUUUCCAGAAAGUGUGUGCGUUUGUGUGUGGCAUACUUUACAUACUUUACUCCUGCUAUAUAGUACGUAAGCACUUUGGAUAGCCAUUUCAUGUUUAGGUUAUUGCCUUUUUUCGUAUAAGAAACACCCACACACACACACACGCAGCUCAGACUCAAUCGCGGCAAAAUCGUGCUUGGUGCGCAAGAAGAGCGUUGUGUGGCAAAAAAAAACGGAAACCAAAUUAACGCUAUUAAUUUAGUGCGGUAAGGGGAACAGAGUUCGGCUGACGCUAAAAAAAAAGCAAAGCAAAAAGCAAAAACAACUCCACAAUUUUUGGCAAACGUUAUGUGAUGAUUGUAGUUCAAAUUUUUCAAAAUUCAAAAUUAUUUGUUUUCUUCGUUUUUAGAUAAUUUUAAGGCCUUUUGCCAAAACACACAAGAAGAAUGGCAUUCUUUAGUUUAGUAACAUUAUAAUUAACCUCCCAAACACACAAAGCUCUGAAAUGCGCGAUAAAGUUGACAACAGCAACAAAAACGACCUUUUGUUUGGCACAUUGCAACAAAAAAAGAAAAGGACAGCAAUGCCGCGCCACCAAGUGACGAACCCCAUCUGUGAGGGGGUCUUUUUUCCUGUGGCUUUCUGUGGGUGUUGCAAAGGCGGAUGGUGGGGCAAAUUUAAUGUCAACCAUCUCAACCAUCUGUGAAAAGAAAACGAGAGUGUCGCGCAUUUAUCAAAAUUCAAAAAUAUUAACUCUAAAUUGAACACCGAUUAAAUUUAAUGGAACACCACCAUGGUGGGUGGGUGGUUAAGCGAUUAAAAAAAAAAAACAAACACACACUCGUUUCGGUAACUAUUGGCUGUGAUUUGGAUCAGAAAUAAUGCACACACUAACAUACACAUACACACACCCACACACAUUUUUAGGCGAAACGUUAAGAAAUUGUAUUAAGAGUUUUCUACCGCAGCGCGGAACAGGAUGGGUGUAGAAAGCGCGUAACAGGACACCGUUAGUUUAAGUAUGAAAUGUUCAUUUUCGGUUUUUCGGUUUUCGGCCAGCACCACUUGCUUGACGAGAGCAGCAAAAGACAUUCGUUUAGGUAAUGCGAGAAGGAAACAAAGAAGAAAAAAAAACACACACAAACAGGGAAAGGAAACGAAACUUCAAAAUUUACCAAAAAAAAAAAACAAAUUAUAUAUCUGUCUCUUUAACUCUUCGGCCGGUCUCUUCCUACCGUCUCCGUUCCUUCCACGCUGGGGGGGAGGGCGAGAUACGAUAGAAAAGACGGAAGGCAGCUGCAGCAGUCAAAUUCCAUCAAGACAGCAGCAGCAGCAGCAGUCAAAUUCCAACUAGAUUUUGAGAGAGGGAGAGAGACAUUGCAAAGGAGAGCUAAAUUUUUAAACCUAAAUCAAACCAAAUUUACAAUCGCAAAUUUCGAUACGCUUCUUUUUGGCUUUACUAUAUUGGAUAAUUAGGCGAGAGGGGGAGGCAAAAUUUUUUGUAACAAAAAGAAAGGGAGAGAAGAAAAAAGAAACAAAAUAUGAAACUCAUUGGAUCUCAGUAUGAUAACGGCAUGUGAUCAGUUUUGUUUUUCUUUUGAAAACGAAGAUAUUAAGCAGUAUCGUAGACAUUUUCAUAAGGAGGCGGGGCGUGUAUUUAGGCAUAAAGGAAACAUACGAACUAAAUUCUAAAUUUAAAAUUUGCGGUUAAAUUUUUACCUUUUACCUGUUAAUCGUUUUUUUUUUUAUUUGUUUUUGUUUUGGAAAUACUUCUUUUGGGCGUCAAAACACACUCUCAAACAAGGGAAUUUAUGGCGUGGUUGAGUAAGCAAAUGAAUAAGAGUGCAGAGGAGCAAAUUAAAGAGAGAGAGAGAGAGAGAGAGAGAGAGAGACAUAUAUACUAAACACACCAAUUGUGAUUCUUUCGGCCAUAUUUUAAAAACGUUUUCGUUUUCUUAGUCAAAAUUUGUUAACGAAUAGAAAAAAAAAUUGAUACCAAAUUAUGAACGGGGCGCGGGAGCGUCCCCGCCCCGGGCGGCAAUCCCAAAUGUGAUCCUCAAGCAAGUGAUUCAAAAUUGUAGCGCGCUCGCGCACACGUGUGUCCUGUUAUUUGGGUUUAAGAAAGUUCGUAGCGAGCGUGUAGUGAGCGGCGGUACAUUAGCGUUUAAUUAUUAUUCUUAAUUUUUUUUUUUCUGCUCGUUUGUAUGCAUACAUUGUGCCACGACGUGUCGUGGUGUGUAGCGCGCGCACGCUCGCGUUUUUUUUUCUUUCUAAGCUAAAUUUACGCACCUACUAUCAGGUCAGAAUUUUCGGAUAGCGCAACGUUUCUUCUUUCUAGCAUUUAAGUCUUGUGUAAUGUACGGUAGAGAGAGAGAGAGAGAGAAAAAAAAAAAAUAAGAACUAGCAAUGAGAACUGGCACGAAGCGGCUUCGUGAUUUGCAGUGGCAAACGAAGAGAACAAGAAUUUCCUUCCACACACACACACACACACACACACUCCCAUACAUACAACUACAUGCAAGGGAUCAAAAUUGAUACCAUUCUCCUCCACUUUUGUUUGCAGGCUUUCGGUUACAAAUGGCGUGUAGGAUGCUUUUAUGGUUUCUUUUUUUACAUUUUAUUCUAUUAUUACACAAUCACAUUUAAGAUGAAAAAAAAAACAAAUAAAUGUACGUUUGGCACAUACACACACACACACACACACACGAACGCGCGUGUUCGCUUUACUUUAGGAAGAUCGACGAUGAUCAGUUGUGGCGUGUUGGUGCGUGACAGGGUGCAGGCUCGCGUGUGGAAUGGCAAACCAUGCCAAGGCUAUGGACGCCAUGGACGCCUUGUCCUUGAGGCUUCUUUUUGUGAGCAAAAGAGAAAGAGAGAGAGAGAGAGAGAGAGAGAGAGAGGGAGAGAGAGCGCAACACAGAGGGAAACCGUUCAAUUGUUUAGCAAUUUGUUCUAACGGCUCUGCGCUUUAAGGCGUUUGUGUUACGACAAAGUGCGUGUUGCACAAGCAAAAGUUUUAACUAACCAGCAAGUGCUAGACAACCCGUUUACAUUAGGGUAGUGGUAGGUAGCCGGUAGGCAAUUAGGUGUAGUAGUUGCUAGUGUACGAGAAACCCACUAGCAGCAGUUGUAGACAUUAGGCACUGGUGGUGCGCGCGCUCUGUGUUUACGCGCAAAUAUGAUUCGAUUCGGUCAGUUAACAGACCACUCCGUUUUCCCUCCGCUUCCGCAACACACACACACAUACACACACAUAGACACACACACACACACACACACACACACACACACACACACACACACACACACACACACACACACACACACACACAAAAGUACACACGUACUACUUCUACACAGACACUCUGUUAGAGGGGACGAUGGAUUUUGAGCACACACGGCGCCACACACACUCUGUUGUGUAGUAAAAUUACUUAGACGUUUAAGUAGUAUAGGCUUUGACAGUGAAGAGAUAAAGAAAGCAAGAGAGAGAGAGAGAGAAAGCACGCGAGAGAAAGAGAGAGAGAGAGAGAGAGAAAUAUCGCGUACAUUCCAGCGCAGACACAGAGAGAAAGAGCAUCAUGAUAAAUGAUGCAAACCAGCCGUUAAUUUGCGUGCAGAUAUGUUUUCUUUACACACACACACACACACACACACACACCCGCCACACAUGCGGACACAGAGGUUGGUUGGGUUUUUAAUUUCUGCGUGAAGGCUGCCCCCGUAAGCAGCCAUCAUCGAUGCACGUUUUUGAUGUUUUGUUUUAUUAUUAUUAUUUUUUUGUGUCAACCCCGGAGGGAUCGGUAGUACCAACCGAUCCACCCGCUCGGUGUAUCACUCCAAGAAGUGUCAAACACACACACACACACAUACCACAACAACAAUUACAACAACAAAAACACAUAUCAAGCAGGAAGAUAUUGUCGUAUGUGGUGGUGUUUUGUGUGCUUAGGCCGCAACCUUAACCUAACCAUGAGUUAAGCUGCCCAAAUUGGGGAAAAGAAGAAUCCACCGUGAGGGAAGGCAGGGUUUCUUGGCACAUCUAUCAAUAAACGAAACAAAAAAGGAAAGAGAAAUUCGAAUCAGCAAUGCAGGCAGCUAGUAUGAAUUGGUUUUGUUAAACACACACACACACACACACACACGCACACAUACACAAAGAGCACGGGGAAACAGGGAAGGAGAGCGAGUGCAACACAGCUAGGAGCGAUUAACUCGCACAUAUACAUAUUUAAUUGUGACCGUAUAUACAUGUAUGUGUAUCUUUACCAUAGCGCAAAGUUCCUCUUUUGUUUGUUAAGAACAAAGCUACUGUUAUCUAGCUACUUAUAAACAUAUACAUUAUGCGUUUGAACUUAUUGCAAUCUGUUUUAAUAAUCGUUUAUUUUCAACUCCUACUCCCCCACACACACACACACAACUAAUAGAGCAAAGCAAUACUAGUUUACUUACAGCACACACAAACACAGAGGGGACACAGAGGGGCCACGGCUUUCCAUUCAUUUUCACGAUUUUUUCUCCCCCCCCCCCCCUCGCAUUGCAAAUAUUCUUCUACCACCCCGUACCCCCGAAACUGGAACAACUUUGUGCCCCGCGUGCAGGAAGAUUACAGUUGUAAUAUUUAUUUUUAAUAUAUACAUACAUACAUACACAUAUAUUUACACAUUAAUUUUGUGGAACUCAGAGAGAGAGAGAGAGAGAGAGAGAGAGAGAGAGAGAGAGAGAAACAAACGAGCGACCACACAUUUUUUUUUAUUAAGCAAGAAUGGCCCCAGGCCGGUGAACGGAGUUGCUCAUCCUCCAAAAAUGCGCUGGCAGGAUCAAUGGAACGCACGCACACUACAGCAGAGAAGCGAACGGGAAGCAAAACAAGCACGCACACUUACACGAUUCUAUUCACUUCCCUGGCUACCCAAUAAAAAAAAAAAUGGCUUCUUUCUUCACCACUCCUCUCACCCCUCUUCCGCUGCUCGUUCAGCGUGCGUGUCAGCGUGGAAUAUCGCGCAACUGGAAGCGUAACGGUUUCGCUGUUCUUUAAAAGUAAAAAACUCGAUUUUUCUUUUUGUUUUGAAUUUUGAUGUUUUCCAGUGUGCCCCGCGUACCCUGUCAGCAUUUCUUCCUUCCGACAUUUUCAAGGGAUUGGAAAAAAGGCAUACCGAGAACGGGGUCAGGCUUAGAUGUAGGAGAAAGUACGCGGCUAAUCGAGGCAAUUUUUGUUGAAAUUUCCCCAGUUUGUAGGCAAAAAUAAUACAAUCUAGAAAACAUACACACACACACACACGUACACGCCCCCCUCCUGUAAUUAAUUUUAAUGAUGAAAAGGAAACAAUAAACGCACGUUGGCACACAAACACAUGAAAUUGCGUGAAGCGCAUCAACAGGGUGUGCAGUUGGGGUUUAAAAUCUCACCUAACCUAAAAGGCUAACAACCUUUGCCGAACCGAGGGGAGGGAGUAUUUGGCCGAUUGUUGUUUUGUAGAAGCAACCCCCCGAUGGGGGGUUUUUUGGGGGCAUUUUUGGGGGCUUUGAGCCGCGGCACCGUGAAUUAUUAACAAGUUUCAGUUGUGAAUUGGAGCUCAACUGUUCCCCGCUUUGAGACUCUCGUGUUUGCCUUCUCCAGGUUUUGUUCCCUACACAUCUGUUGCACCGCAAAGAACAAGAUGAGGCUUACGUGUUUAUUUUUUUUAAAGCAAUAACAUUCUUAACAUACCUUACAAAUUAUUUUGAAUCAAACUUACCGGUUAAGAUCGUUUGUAAAUUCAACAUAAAACGACGUGUGUACAAAAACUUGAUGUAGUUGGGACAGCUAAGGGACAGUCCCGACUCGACCAUUUUUUUUUCUUGAACAGUCCCACACACACAUACACACACACACACAUGCAAGCGCGAAAUAAAACAGUUCAGACGAACACGUCUUAUUCAGCCACUAAAAAAAAUUAACAAAAAAAACUUAAUGCAAGUGGAAGGAGGCAGGCCACACCAAAAAUUACUCUCCUACUAAGGGGAGGGCAUGUAGCAAACAAACAUUACACCAGUUACCAUGCAUUUGGACGGCAGGAGCGGUUAGAAGUUUCGUUUGCAGGUGAUUGUAAAAUUGGGCGGGCUGCUACCAGUGCCUCUGGAGUGACAAUUGGUUGUUUUCCGACAGAGGGCGCUACUGUGAGCGAAAAGCUUGACAGGGAGCUAACGCAGAGAGAAAGAGGGGGGGGGGGGGGGAGAAAGAAAGGCAGGGAAGCGCUGUCAAAAUUAGCAAGCAAAAUUAUUACUAAUCACUAAUUUAUCAUAGCGAGACAGUACAGAAGGCACAAAGAGACAAAAGCAAGAGAGAGAGCGAGAGAGAGAGGAGAGGACACAUAUUGCUCGUAAGAGUACCACAUAGAGAAGCCAUCAUCGUCAAUUCGAGACAAGUAGAGGCUUGCUUGUCUCACUCGAUUUGAAACUUUUUUGUUUUGUUCGUUUGUAUUUUUCUAUUUGAAGUACUGUUCGAGCUUUUCCGGCCUGCCGUCUGCACGCAGCUCUCGCUGUUUCACUUUCUUCCCCCGUUGCAAUUGUAACCCCCUACCUAACCAAACCUUUUGGCAUAGAAAUUAUUGAUAAUAAUACUAAUGGUAGGUAGUAACGACGCGGCAAGCAUACAUCACGCCAACAAAUAAUCGACACUAUUACAGCUAAAGUCACGGAAGGCUGGGCGCAGUGUGCACAGUCACCAAAGAGGAGAGUUUCUUUUUUGACAGAAGAUAAAUUAAAGCAACAAAACGCGCGCGCGUGCGUGUGUAUUUGUGUGUGUGUGUGGAUGAAAAUCUUUGACAUUAAGGAACAUAGCAUACAACAUUUAAAGAAAAAAAAACUGAAGUCAGAUUAAAAUGAUGUGUUGGGGGCAAACAAGUAGAGAGAAAUUAGAGAGAGCGUGAAAAAAAAAGAAAGAGAGAGAGAGAACGAGAGAGAGCGACAGAAAGAGCUAAAGCAGGUAAAAAAAGAUAGAUAGGGCAGUGCGACACGUGUGUAUAAACAAUAAUCUGUGAUUUCGAUAAUAACACAUUGAGUUUAUAAAAAAGAGAGGUGUGAAACAAUGAAAAAUCGGAUAAUAGAUGACACAACAACAAAACACAAAAACAACAAAAUAAAAAAAAUCCAAGGAUGGAUCAAUGAAAAGAGCAAAAGAGUGGAAGCAGUGUAAAAUAAGAAGAAGUAAACAACAGAAACAGGGGAGCGAAAGCAAAAACGUUAUGAUCACGCCCCCAAGUCUGCAACACUAAUAUGCAAUAUGCAAAACAGAAGAACACACACAUACACAGCAAAUACGUACGAAAGUAAGCAAGUUUGUAGGUACAUCCCUUCUUCCCCCACCCCGCUCCACAUCCGGUAUCAGUGUGUUUGUGUGUGACACGUUUUAAAAGACAGUUUGAUGUAUCAUAUCGUUACGCGCGGGGACACGUGGAGAGUGAAAGAGAGAUACAACAACAAAAGAACAAAUUAAGGUACACUAACACAAAUAAAAAAAAAAUAACAAUCAUCAACACAUACACACACACACACACACAUUAAAAUAAACGAAAACUCAAAUCUAACGCAAGGGAGACAAACAAUUGGCUGUAACUUUUUGGAACUGAGAUAUUAAAAAUUACAAAAAUUAAACUAUAAAGAGAGAGAGAGAGAGAGAGAGAGAGAAAAUGAACGGGAUAUGAAGAUAUGAAAAUAAUGCUACUACUACUACUACUACUACUACUCGUUACCAGGUAAUAAUGAGGAAAAAAGGCAAAUAAAUGAUAAAAUCCAAAUCAGUACUACUUAACACUACAAUAAUACAAUGUUCGUAUGAAGGUAACAACAACAACAGAAACACACAAACUCGCACACAUGCACACACACGCAUACAAAAGUGAGCGGGAAAAGAGAGCGAUUGGUGUGAAGAGAUGAAAAAAAUAAAACGAGAGAGGAAAAAAAACAAAUAAAGAAAAAGCAACCAAAACAAAUAUGUAAAACAAAAGUGUACGAAACAUUUUGGCCCUUUUGUGUGUAUGUGUGUGUGUGUGUUUGUGCAUGUGUGAGUGUGUGUGUUUAUCAGACCAGUUGCCUUUUGACAGAUUGCCCGCACACCAAUACACACAGCCAGUGGUCGUUCGUGCGCUUGCAAUUAGUACGACGCGAGUACGAGACAGAGAGCGGGACGGUACUGUAGCGUACACGCGUGUACACUGUAAAACUGUUUUGGCAAACGAAUCUAGUCGAAAUUCAAAACCGUGCACUCCACUCACUUGUGUGUUGGGUGUGAGUCGCCGUACACGUAUCGGUUUAGGCGUUCUUUAAAGCGAUCACUCCUUUGCUGUUUCGGCUGCUUUAGGGGGAAAAUCUCAAAAAUUGAGCAAAAAGCUACUCAUAUACUAAAACACGAUAUCAGAUAAGACAGAUAGAGAUAAAGAUGAAGAGAAAAAAAAUGAGAUAAAUUCACAAGAGGGAGACAACACUAACACGGGUCGCUUCACUUUACGGUUCUCUCUCACUAACGGUGUAGCGUCCGUCAUGACGCUCUCUCUUUCUCUCUCUCUGCUACGUGCACGCGAACAUACACUGUUUUCGAGUAGGCUUUUUUAACACGAUCAUAAUGAAAGAGAUAGAGAGAGCGCAGAGAGAGAGUUUGUGUAAAAGAGCGUCCGCUCAAGAGCGCGAGAGAGCGCGGCGCUACGGAGAACGCUUGCGCGGCAGUGCGCACAUAGCAGCGUGCAGAAUUGUUACUAGUUGUGGUACUAUUUUAAUCUUAGCACGUAGCAGGCACACACCCCCCCCCCCCCGCCCCCCCACAUAUCGAACGCCGCGCAGUAUAAGUAGCAUUCGCCACACAGAAGCAGCGCGCGUGUCCGGCGCAGGCUUAGUUCUGUGCCCCCUCGCCGCCAGUCUGAGUGCGGAUGGGUUCGUUCCGUUUUUGUUUCUGUUUUAACACGGGGUACAACAGUGUGGAAAGCAAUAACCGAUCGUACGGUAGGGAUGGAAACCGAACGCUCCAACGCACUGUCCAACAGCUCGGCAGCAAACAGCGUUCGCUGUAAGGUGUGUGUGUGUUGCAGUUUCCUGGCUCCUCUUAUUUUCCCUGCCAACAUUCCUCGCGCGAGAAAGCGAGCAAGAACAAUUAAAUUCACACAAGCAAAACGAACAAAAAAAAAAGAAACAAACAAACAAACUCCUCGAUAACUGAAACCUCUCCCUCAAUCAAGUGGACCAGUCUUUAGGGCCGCCUUUCCUUCGCGGGCAGUAGAAGACAGGGACACGACCCAACAAAUCAAUAAGCAAAGUAAACGGCAGCUCAGCGAGGCCCACGCAGGAUAAUAGCAUUAACCCUACGCGUUUCACUCCCGUUUCCCUUGCCGGUACGCUGGAACUGGAGGAAAAUAGAAAUGUAUGGGGAGCGAAGGGGAAGGGGCGAAAAAGAAGUAAACACGCAUACACAGACCACAGACACACAGUAGAUAAAGCAGUCAAAACAGACAAAACCAACCAAUAAGAUGGAACAAACAAACAAACCAACCAACCAACCAACAAAACAAACCAAGCAACAACAACAACAAAACAAAACAACAAAGCAACUAUAGCCAGACGACAUGCAGGAUAUCAACAGAUAAUUAUUGUAAUAAUAGCUCAGGGCAAACUCAAAUUCUUCUUCCAUAACGUAUCAAUAGACAGAUAAAAGCACACCAAAACAACACACAUACUUAACAAGCUCCUUCACAAACACACAUACACACACUCACACUCAUACAUGCAGUGAAGCGAAAACCUGAAAACAACACGCACACAACAAAGUGGAGAUGUUCGUUCGGUACGUUUGUGUGUGUGUGUGUGUGUGUGUGGGAGCGGAAGGGGGGAGCUUUACCCCAUGGCGCCGUUUGAGGCACUCCUCUCUUCCCUCCUGCAGCCCUCCUCCACACCCUCUCCAAACCUCCCUCUCCCCACCACCACAAACACUAUGUGUGUUUGCGUGUGUGUGUGUGUGUGCGUCGGUUGGAGGUGAAGGUUAGUAGGUUAGUAGCGAAAUGACACGUAGUGUAGUACACUAGUGAUAGCACAGAUACUUGCACAUCCGUACGACGGUUGCGGUGGAAUACUGAUCAAUUCUACGGAACGUACAAAUUAAAUACAUUGAGAGAGAUAGAUAGAGAGAGAGAGAGAGAGAGAGAGAGAGAGAGAGAGAGAGAGAGAGAGAGAGAGAGAGAGAGAGAGAGAGAGAGAGAAAACGGGUCCGGUGGUGCAGGAUUUGCUACUUCUCAUAAUCACCGGGAAACUCUCCUGCCCUGUCCAUUUUUCUUAUCUUGCGCCUGAAUGGUAGGCUAGCCGCGGUGCAUCCAUGCUUUACUCCCACGCAAUGAGCUGUUUCUCUUGCUGGGGUGGGGGGGGGGGGGGGCACACGGCACACUGCUAGGUUACAAGCUUUGCUCGGAUAUUCGCCCCUCCGCCUUCCAUUUAUUACACACCUGUUUUCCUCUUCCUCUAACUGUUACCUGUUAACCGUUUUGCUAAGGUAAUCAUGGCUAACCAUGCCCGCUAGCAGUAGUGUAAAUCCUGUGCGCGGGACCAGAAGCAUGGAGGUACGGAGAUAAGUUUCGGAUAAACGGAGAUGAAAUAUUACACACACACACACACAAACACACACAUACACACAUAUACAUCCACGCUGAGCGGUUUUCUUGUUUUAUUUAAUUUUAUUUUUUUGUUCGUGGUUUUCGUUACACAAUAGAAUCAAAUAUACAACUAUAUACGACUUCCGUUGAAAUAUAUACACAACCACAUAUAUAUAUACAUAAUAGUUAUUAUAUAUGUGUAAUUAUAUGUAUAAAAUGAAAGCAAAUAUAUAUAUACACAUUUAAAACAAAUAUAUACAUAUACAAGCCGAAACAGAAAACAGGUUUAUAGAGAACAGCACACACAUCAUUGCAUGUGUGUAUGUCUGGUUAAACAUUACAAUUACAAUAGAAACUUAAUACACACACAGGCAUACAAUAUAACUGGUGAAUCUUAUUAUUAUUACGAUGAUUACACAUAUUAUUAUUGUUCUUUACGUUUAAACAAAAAAGCACUGUGGUGUCUAACAGAUACAGAGUGAGGCUGAGCAGAACGGCAUUCGUUGCCUCUGCUCCCAUACCCCCUUUUUCCCCCCUAGUAUCCCAAAUUUUCCCUCUCCCAGCUCCAUCAACCAACACAUAACAACUAAUGUAGCUCAAUCCAAUUUAUAGAACGGUGAACAUCCCCGCAAAGGAGAGAACAGGGAAACAAGUACACACACACACACACACACACACACACACACACACACACACACACACACACACACAAAUAUAGGUUGUUUUAAGAGUCUCACCCCUCUCUGCUCGUUUUUGUGAGGACAGUUAAGUCGUGUACGAAGCUGUACAAAAGCCCCAAGACACGUAUAUAUCUAGCAUCGCGCAAGCAGGAGUGAGAGUGUGGGUGGAACUGGAAAUGGAAAGUGAGAAAACAUUAUAUCAACCAACCGACAAGGAAAGUGACAACAAAACCAGAAGCUACACAAAGUGAAAAGCGAAACAAGUGCACACGGCGUUAGAGAUUAACUUAUAGUGAAACUGUUACUGAGAAGCAAUUUUUAAAAACAAAGCAAGAAAACAAGUAGAGAAUUCAACAAGAGUGGGGUAACGCGAACAAACAAACCGAAAUGCAUCUACAGUGUGCAAAUACGAAUGGAGCGUGAGUGGUGGGUUUAGUAUAAACAACAACAACAAAACGAAGAAGGAAAGUAAACAAAACCAGACAACGGUAGGCAACACACACAUUAAGAUACUAAGUGCACACUUGAUGGAUUAAUCUUAUCAUGGCAGCAGCAGCUAGAACUACAAACAAUAUAGCAGUGUGUGUGUGUGUGUGUGUAUGUGCAGCACUAGCUCUUAAUACACUGCAAUGAGGCAAAAGCAAAAAAAAAAGCAACAACAAACAAACAGCAAAACGUAGUGAUAAGCGAUGAAACGGGAAGGAAAGAAAAGCUGGAGUAGUAGACGGUAACAAUUAGACAAAAAACAAAGCGGUAGAGGCGUCGUCGUACGCGAGACGUACCGCGGAAGUAAGAGAAGCGGCAAGAUGGGAAGCAACAAAGCAGACACAGGCAGAGGCAGAGUGCGAGGAAAGGCAGGCAGGCAGUAGCUGGUACUGCGGGAUAGAUUACACUAGCGAGCUAAGUGGAGCGGGCGGGCGGAAAUGAAAUAAAGAAAAUAAAACGAUAGGUUUCUUGUGUUUCAACUGUUCAA